AACUUGUCUCCGAGAAAAAGAAUAAAAAUUAAAAAUUCAGUUGUUCAUCAUCUCUGUGUUCACUACCAUGCACUCUGUCAUCGCCAAUGGAUUUAUCUUCGUGGUUCCGACGCAAACUCUUGAAGAAUAGCGAAGAGACCAAAAGCCCAGAUCCCUCAGAGCAAACCCUCAUUCCCCAACAAAACAAAAAGGAAGAAGAGCAGCUGGGAGUCACAGAACAAUUGGUCGAUCUUGUCAAGUCCUUCACUUUGGACACUUUCAGGAAUUUCCCACUUCCAGAUGGUGAGGGAGCUGAAGAAGAUGAAGAUCUGUCUGGAUGGCAGGAAAGGCAUGCCACCAUUGUGCUUUCAAGAGUGAAGGAGCUUUCACAUCUGAGAUAUAAGCUAUGCCCCCGCUACCUGAAGGAACGUCAAUUUUGGAGAGUGUACUUUAUGCUUGUCAAGAAACAAGUGGCGGCAUACGAGCUGUGUGCGAUACAGCAAGAGAGGAUCAAAGAAAUGGCAGUGGAGAAUGAAAAGUCUACAAAUACCAGUGCAUGUGAAGUCGAAAUGUCAGAAGCAAAGCAGGGAGCAAAAUUAGCGCCUCCAACGCCAUAGCAUCACAUAAAUUGCAAUACGCAUUUCUUUUUAGCAGUAGGGAUGUAUUGGGUAGUAGGACUGUUCCGCUGGACAAAAACGUACGUAUAUGGUUAGAACAUGGAAACUUAUCCAUUCCAUUCAAUCCUUGUGCUGAUGAACUAGUGACUUGUUAACGUUUCAAUCAUCUAUCCAUUAUAUUUUUGUUGCUCGAUUUCAUC